CUGAGACGGCUGAGAGUCGGCUGGCAGCAUGUUCUGGCGUAGUUUUAGAUGUGUUGCCGUGGUAGCGACGUUCGAUUAAUAUUCCGUUCGUGUGCCGCGCGGAUCUCCAAUGGUGUAUUGCAGCGUCCCUUUCUGUAAAUCGGACAGCGGGAGGACAAGAAAGGUUUCUUUUCAUGAGUUCCCCGUAAACGAGGAGUUGCGCUUGCGGUGGAUAAAAAGCAUUGGCUUGGAGAACUUCGUCAUGAAUGACAAGUCGGCGACGACCGUCGUUUGUGGCAAGCACUUUCUUCCCAAAGAUUACAGCCCCCACUGCCGCUUGAAGCGACUCCUUCCUGGCGUUGUGCCGACUGUCUUCGAAGAUCACCCGCCGCCGAACGCCAUAAAACAGCCUCGCGGAGAUCGAAAGCCGAAGAAGCGAAAAACAGUGAAGGCAAAACGCGCGGACAAAGCCCGCAGUGCGCCUUACGACGAACCUGACCAGAAGCGCUUUAACAUCGCAAGCGAUGACCGAACAAGCCGACUGUCGUCGCUCGUGGAAAAGCUCCGAACGCAGGUCGCGUACGAUCGCUGGAAGUGUACGAGGCUCGAGCAACGACUGGCCGAGCAAGAAAAGGUGAUGAGUUGUUAUCACGAGGACAUACACCACGCUUCGGUGCGAAAGAUUCUCGCGGACGCAAAGAAGGGGAACAAGAGAGCCCACUCGCUGCUCGAACAGAUAGAAUGCUAUGGGCAGGAGCGACUACGCCGGAAGCGGGCACUAUCCAGCCCACCGGUGCUGUGCUGCACCGCUGACCGCGUUCGGAAACAGCCCUGAAACGACUCCGGCCCCGAGCAGCCGUCAGGUACCACCAGUGGUCGCUAAACGCGCGCCUGCCGCGUUCUGCUACGCUCGCCCACUGCGAGCGCUCGUUUGCACCCGCCCGGAGCAGGCGCUCGCUGGGCCUUUUCUCGUGUCCGGAAACGUGCGCGAGCAAGCGUUGCACCUGUGCCUUUCAUUCGGGACUGCGAGCUCGGCUAUCCGGCCUACGUCUCGAUCAUGGAGGAGAGUGAUCAGCAGCCGCAACUCCUGAGCGUCUGCAUGGAAGAUUGUCUAAGCCGCGCUGAUAUAGUGGCCUGGGGAUUGAAUAUGGUACCAUUGCCUUUCCGGGGUGGUGGCUCGACCAUAUGAGCUAAGCACAUGGCGAGCAGGAGAUGGUGAUCCACGUGGAGAGGGCAGGAAGCAUGGAGGGCAGCACACUGGUGCCCGUGCAAAUGAUCCCCGCCGUGGUGCCCGUCCCUCCCCGUAAUGGCGGUAUUGAGUGGAACAGCCACGAAAGCAAGAUCCUGCUGGAGAACUAUGUGCGCUACGUGCCACAGGUUGGGCCAGACAAAAAGUUCCGCAGCAAGAAGGACAUGUUCAAGCGCAUUGCCGACCACAUCUUCGAGGCAACGGGGCAGCGGCGCACGGGCGAGCAGUGCGAGAACCGGUACAAAACCAUCAUGCGCCGGAAGAGACGUCACGGAGAAGGAAGCAGCAAGGGACUCGCCAGGGCUCGCAUCCUUCUCAACUCGGCAUCUGUAGCAGAAGACGGGGAGGAUGAGCAAUUCAUGGAGGAGGAAGAACCAGAGGUGGAGGAAGAGGAAGCUGAGCCGCAACGGGAGGAGCUGCAGCAGCAGGAACUCGAGGACGAUGAGCCGGAAUUGCUGGCUGAACUGGCCGCUAUGGGUGACGAAGAGCAGCAGAUGAACCGACGGGCCUCGAGAAAGCGCAAGAGCUCCUCGGCGAUUGACCAGCAGCUGCUACUCGACCGGCUGCAUGAACUGCACGAGCAGCGUGAACGACGAAGGGACGAGCGCGAGCGUCGCCGGGACCUCAGACAUGCCGAACAAAUGAGUCUGCUCCGACGGAUCCUCAGCGUGUUGGAACGACAGCCACUUACAGCAUCAACCGCUAACCGCCUACGAGUGGCUACGACUCACCGGUGAUGCUCACCAUCCACCAGCUGUGCACGUUCGAGUUAAUCUGAGUGCUAAGUUUAUAUUUUGCUGACUUUUCACCUUUGAAGAUGAUGACAAAGGAACUUUGACUGGUGGAGAUUGAAAGUUGUUUGUUGGUUGUCAUGUGAAGAACCAUGACAAGUUUUUGGGAGAGUGUUUUUUAUGUUACUAAAAUGUUUUAUUUUACUGUUGAACCUGACCAGAAGUGUCAAAAAGCAGUAGCUUGUCGGCACCGCUAAGACUGAAAGCAUAAUUAAACAUUGCUUAUUAUUCCAUGUCUUACUUCAACGUUUUGGCUUCCACACAGAAGCCUUGUUCACUGACGGUAAGAGUUGAAUGAAAUCAAGAGUCUGAUGAAAUCUUGUCCGGUCGAGAAGUAACGGCAUAAUAGGAAGAAAAACACAAAGCCAACCAAAAUAGUGUUGUCUAAAAAUUCUUGAACGUUUCGGCUUCCACACAGGCCUUGUUCACUGAAAGUCAGUGAACAAGUGAAUACCUCCCUCAUGACUCCUGCAAUUAACCCAUAGUCCUCAGUCCCCAGCGGCUGUGGAGCACCUGACCAAGGCGGUGGUCAGACCUGUGACACGGCGGAGGGUGCCAAGAAUCUCUGGGUCUGGACAGGCAGCCAUUGGAAACUGAACCUGGCAACGUUCAACACGCGCACCCUCUCAAGUGAGGCUAGCUUAGCAGGGCUAUUUGAGGAAUUAUCAGGCAUUGCCUGGGAUAUUAUUGGCCUUAGUUAGGGGGGGGGGGGGGUUAGAAGAACCGGUGAGGCUUAAUACAGUGCUAACGGCCACGUCCUCUGCUACAGAGGUCUUCCGGAUAAGAGAGAAUUCGGGGUAGGAUUUCUAGUCCAUAAGGACAUAGCGACCAACAUUGAUGAAUUCUACAGCAUUAAUGAGAGGGUAGCAGUCCCGUAAUAAAGCUGAGUAGGAGGUAUAGAAUGAAGGUAGAACAAGCUUAUGCUCCAACCUCCGUGACGAUGACGAAGAAAAGAACAGUUUUAUUAAGAUGUUGAAUUAGCAAUGAGAAAGGUGCAAACUCAAUAUAAUGUAGUCAUAGGUGACUUCAAUGCAAAAGUGAGGAAAAAGCAGGCUGGUGAUCAAGCAAUUGGCAACUACGGCAUUGAUUCUGGGAACACUAGAGGAGAGACGCAAGACGGGUAAUUGGAGAUCGUAGGGAAAGGCCUUCGUCCUGCAGUGGACAUAAAUAAAGGCUGAUGAUGAUGAUCAUGCCAUUACUUCCCGACCAGACGGGAGUUCGUCAAACUCUUGAUUUCAUUCAACUACGACAGGUGUAUGACCAACCAACUCUUACCUCAGUGAACAAGGCUUUCGUGUGGAAGCCGAAACGUUUAGGAAUUUUUAGACUUUUAGAAUUUUGGUUGCCGUUACUUCCUGACCAGACGAGAUUUCGUCAAACUCUUGAUUUCAGUGUCUUACUGGCCUGAGUGCUACUUUAGCUCAAGCCACAUGCAGCUUGGUACUGAGGCCGAUCAAGCUCAGUGGUGAACCGAGCAUGGCUCAGUAUUAAAAAUCAAGUGCAAGACUGGCUAUAACGAACAGACGGGGUGCCGCCUGCAGGUUUACUUCAUUAAUGCACUUGGGCUAUUGUGUUUGUUCAUUGAAACAGCUCUUUUGCAGUUCUAGUCAAAAAAUAUGUUCGCCACACUUUGGAUGUUACGAAAAGAAAUCAUUCCUCUUUUCAAGUGCAUUAGAUGCAUUGUGGAAACAUUUCUGUGUUUUUGUGUGUGAUAAGUGAUACACUGGCACUGUGUAGUACCAUUCAAAGCAAUAUUAAGGGCAGCAAGGUUGAUGGAUGUCAAGCAGCAGAAAAUUCUCUGCCUUUUGUUCUGCUAUUGCUGCAGCAGGCACACUUUAGUUGCUGCCAGGGAGGUCUUUGUAAAUAAAGUGCUAUACCUAC